AUGUCCAACAGGACUGGGCAUGAGGAGCCCACAGGGGGUCCGAGGAAGGAGCUGGCGGCCAGUGUAGUGACUGGGAGUUUGCUGUCCCUGCUCAUCCUCUUCACGCUGCUCGGCAAUGCCCUGGUGUGCGCCGCGGUGCUCAGAUUCCGCCACUUCCGCACCAAAGUCACCAACAUCUUCAUCGUCUCGCUGGCCCUCUCCGACCUGCUGGUGGCCCUGCUGGUCAUGCCCUGGAAGGCGGUGGCCGAGGUGGCCGGCUACUGGCCUUUCGGGGCUUUCUGCGACGUGUGGAUCGCCUUCGACAUCAUGUGCUCCACCGCCUCCAUCCUGAACCUGUGCGUGAUCAGCCUGGACCGGUACUGGGCCAUCUCCAGCCCGUUUCGCUACGAGCGCAAGAUGACCAGGAGGCUGGCGUUCGUGAUGAUCGGGGUGACCUGGGCUCUCUCGGUCCUCAUCUCCUUCAUCCCCGUGCAACUGAACUGGCACAAAGCCACCAGCCACCACCAGCAGCAGCACCAGACCCGCACCGCCACCGCCACCGCCGCCACCAUCACCGUGUCCCAGCUCAACUCCAGCAGCGGCGGCGGCAGCGGCACCAACUGCGACUCCAGCCUGAACCGGACUUACGCCAUCUCCUCGUCGCUCAUCAGCUUCUACAUCCCCGUGGCCAUCAUGCUGGUCACCUACACCCGGAUCUACCGGAUUGCCCAGAUCCAGAUCAGGAGGAUCGCCUCGCUGGAGAGGGCGGCGGAACACGCCAAGAGCUGCCGCAGGAGCAAGCGAGAGCAGCAGCACCACAAUUCCCUGAAGAGCUCCUUCAGGAAAGAGACCAAGGUGCUGAAGACCUUGUCGGUGAUCAUGGGGGUGUUCGUGUGCUGCUGGCUGCCCUUUUUCGUGGUGAACUGCCUGGUGCCCUUCUGUCGGCGCGGCCCCUCCCGCCUGCCCUGCGUGGGGGACACCACCUUCGACGUCUUCGUGUGGUGCGGUUGGGCCAACUCCACCCUCAACCCGGUGGUGUACGCGUUCAACGCCGAGUUCCGCAAGGCCUUCUCCAGCCUCCUGGGCUGCCGCCGCCUCUGCUCGGCCACCCCGGUGGAGACGGUGAACCUCAGCAACGAGCUGGCCUCCUGCAACCGGGACACGGUGUUUCACCGGGAGAUGGUGGCCGCCUAUGUCAGUAUGAUCCCCAACGCCGUGGGCAGCUGCGCCCAGGACAGGGAGGACAUGUUCGACAGGAUGUCCCAGAUCUCAGCCGGUCACCAGGUGGUCCCGGCGGCGGCCACCACCGACUCCCCCCCGCUCUACGGUCUGGACCCAGAGCCGGACGUGUCCCCGGACAAAGUGACUUCGUUUACCCUCAACGGUUUGCAUUGA